CCUUUAUAAACAAGCUCUCAUCAUCAUCUCAUCCGUACUGAUUGUUUUUCUGUCCUUAACGGUUCUCUUCCGGGUCUUCUGUCAGUCUCAACAUCGUAACUUUGAAGCACCAUGUCUAACACCGAACGUACCUUCAUUGCCAUCAAGCCUGAUGGUGUCCAGAGGGGGCUUGUGGGAGAUAUCAUUAAGCGCUUUGAGCAGAGGGGCUUCAGGCUUGUGGCCAUGAAGAUGAUCCAGGCGUCUGAGGACCUCGUCAAGCAGCACUACAUUGACCUGAAGGCCAUGCCCUUCUAUGGCGGCCUUUGCUCCUUCAUGCACUCUGGUCCAGUUGUUGCCAUGAUCUGGGAAGGCCUGAACGUUGUGAAGAACGGCAGAUUGAUGCUGGGAGAGACCAACCCUGCAGACUCCAUGCCCGGCAGCAUCCGCGGAGAUUUCUGCAUCACGCUUGGCAGGAACAUCAUCCACGGCAGUGACUCCCUCGAUAGUGCCAACAAGGAGAUCGCCCUGUGGUUCAAGCCAGAGGAGAUUGUCGAGUACAAGAGCUGCCAACAUGAAUUCCUGUAUGAGUAAAUAAAAUGGAACUGGAAAGGGUUUUUCCUCACACCCCAUCAAACCCAUUCUGAAUGCUGUUGAUCUGGAAUUUGUUCAUGUACCUUGUGACUUUCAAGCACUUAAAAAUAAUCAUGUCAAUAAAAAUAAUCAUGAAUUAGAA